AUGGCGUCCGGGCCGGCGACGACGUCUUCGAUGGCGAGGACGGGAGAGAGGAGUGAUGUGCCGAUGGUGGCGGCGCAGAGGCUCGGAACAGCUGCAGACCGCGCGUGGCAGCAGAGCUACGAGACGGAUGCCGCGGAAAAGAAAGAAGAGAGGAGAGAGCAAAUGGAUCCGGUAGGGCAAGGGAUAGAUUUGGUGCAAUUUGAGGUGGGGAAUCGUGCAAACAAUCGCCGCAAGGCUGGAGAUAGGGCUGAGAAAGCCAACUAUUCAUACAACAAUGAUGGAGAGAAGAGCCAUGUUCCUUCACUAAAGAACCUUCCUCCAAUUAUCCAUCAUGAUGCUUUUGUCAGCAAUGCUCAAAAUGAUUACAGUCAUGCAAGAUUAGUACCAUUGGAAGGAUGUUCUGCCAGUGAGGCUUCACAGCUUCUCAGUGAACGUUGGGCUGCUGCAAUGAACAUGUAUAAUGACCCAAAUGAUUCCCCUGAUAAACCAGUGAUGUACGCUGGAUCUGGCGGAUCGUCAUGGGGUCAAGGUCACAUGAAGCUUCCUCAUCAGUUUCUUUCUAUACGCUGA